UGGAUUAUUCCGGCCUUGGGCAGUUAUAGACCCAUAUUACACGCCCCAGUUCCCCUAUACCCACUUGUAUAGAGCGCGAGCCUGUCUGAUGUACCACAGUAGUAGCGAGGCAGUUCACCUGGCAACACCCGCAGAGCACCCACAGCCGUGUUGGAUAUAUACUGCCUUCUUCCCUGCAUCUCCAAAUAAUUGGUGGUGGAUAUAUCUGACUAGAUACUUGGGUUGUCAGUGAUCACGGGAGAUGACAAACUACACCAACACAGGGCAGUCUGCUUGGACGGAGUGGUUCAACACGGACACGCCAUAUGAUGGCGUCGAGGAGGAGACAAUCGGCAGUGUAAAACAGACACACGAGACCCUGUGCCCGGGCGGGUCAGUAACACAGGCAGAGUGUAGGGCGGUGGGGACGGCCUUCACCUUCAAGAACAGAUGGACGUUCUCCAGCAACAUACUUCACGUUCCCUGCAACGCCACAGGUCUGGUGUGUCGAGACCGCGACCAACCGGGUACAAUCUUCUGUAGCGACUAUGAGAUCCGCUACUUGUGUCAAGAUGACAACGACGUGCCGGUGUACGAUGGAGGAUUUAUCGCAAUGGCCGCAGGUCUCUCUGUCAUCGUGCCGCUCAUCUGUGUGCUCAUUGUCCAGCUGAAAAGGGCGAAGGCAGAGCGUAUCCGACAGGAAAACGGAUCGUCAGGCACGGCAAGCGCAGACAGCGCCACUCCCUCAAGUUACGUGGACCCACCACCCACCUACGAGCAGCUGUUUGGAGACAGUGGGAUGUUAGAAAGAUACGACAGUACGACGGGCCUACUGGGUGAGAGCGAACACCGGUCUCCCCACAGCCGCGUGUCCAUUUCCAGUGUGGAAAGCCAAUCAGAUUUGUCUAUUUCUACCAUUUCCGGUGACAUCAUAGAAGACCGUCCAAUCAUAUCAUCGGGUGUGGAUAACCCGGUUAUGGACAGGGUAGACAUCGAGGUGGAGACGUUGUCAGGACCAAGACGCUUCCUUGGAAUGCAUACAUCACUGCACGACUUAUUCAGUUACAAUGAUUCGAAUAUAACGACACCGCCGCCAACAUACAACGAAGCUCUAGAAAUAUUAAAGAUGAUACCCUCGGCGAGCCGUAAAAUAUCGUCAGUUCAAACGUGAGAUUCGAGUAAACGGAAAGCCAUAUUCCCGGUGCUUCGCGUGAUUUCCGGUGAUGUCAGGCAAAAUGCCAAGUUUUGAAGGCCUUUUUGUGUUGAAGGUCUAGUAGCCACUUGUAGACUCGACACUUGUAGCACGAACUGAACGAAGGGCACCCCAAACCCGUCCAAACAUGACACCGAAUACCCCUAAAACGCGUCAAAACAUGACACCCAAUACCCCCAAACCCGUGGACACAAUCAUGACACCCCAUGCCCUUGGACAUUUAAUGCCUCCCCCCACACCCCAUACCGUGGACAUACGGUCCCGGUCUCUACACUGUGAAAUCAACGCACCCUCCAGCAGAGCAAUGAACAGAAUGAAUGUCUUGUGUAAACACAAGUGAAAACGAACAACUUGAAUGCCAAACCAAAGAUGUGUCUUCCGAUUGGGUGUAUGUAAUCAAACGGGACGUAUUAUUUGUGACAUUGUUGUCAGUGACAUUAGCGCGUCGUCAUUGCGUACACCUGAUACAAUCCUCUCUCAACCCACCCAGGCAGCACGUCAGCUGUGCCAUGAUGGCGGCUGCUCGCUGGGAGGAUGACAGUAUGGGGAAGCCCGCACUAUUGGGGGAAACUGCGGGUUUCGUAGGGUGGACAUCAAACGGCAGAUUUUAUCGAUUUAUAUCAAACUAUGAAUCCCAGGUAUUAAUGUAACGAGGUAAUUCGUUAGAUGUGUGCAUGGCGACAUUGUGUACAAUUACCGCACUUGUCUUCCACCUUCAUACUACGUUGUAUUUGCUGUGAAUUGUACUGACUUCUGAUCGGCAUGAGCUAUCUGUGUCACUGGUCAUACUGGACGUUCGGUAAAGGUCAUCUGCCUCGCCACAGGAUCACGGUAUUCAUUGCCUUUGCUAUUACUGUAUACACACAAUGAAUGUCUCCAAUGUCUCCCGCGGUGUAAAUACCAACUUAUUUAUUUAGAGUCAUUAAUAAAUUAUCAAAUAUA